GGGUGCUCCUGUCUGAUGCAUGAAGCGAGGAGCCAACAGUGGGAGCUCGCAUGGCGAGGAUCUGGGGACAGACACUCAGAGGGGGCUGUCCCCACCACCUUUCCUUCCUCCUCCCCACCCCGCGGCAGCCCCCACCCUGUGGGGCCCAUGGAGCUGAAGCCACAAGUCACUUCCUGAAGGCACAGCCCCAGCCCGAGGCCCACUUGCCGGUGGCCCGUCAACCAUCUGCAGCCAUGGGGAGCCAUCAGGACUUCCGGAUCCUUCAAGCCAAGUUCCAGGCCUCCCAGGCAGAGACCAGCGAACUCUCCCCAAAACCCCUGAAGCCUGAGUUCAACAAACUCCUGAGGAAGUUCCCACUGCCUGAGCUGAGCACGCACCCCAAGCAGCCCCCGGAGCCUGAGCUGACCAGCCUGCUCAAGAAGCCCUCCAAGCCGGAGUCCAGUGACCUCCCCAAGAAGUUCCUGCAGCUCGAGGCCACUCUGUUCCCCAGGAAGCCCCCACAACCUGAGGUCGGCGAGGCCCCGCAGAAGGCCCUGCAGCCGGAGCUCAGUCAUCCCACCAGGCCACCCCCAGAACCCAAAUUCAGUCCAUUCCCCAGGAAGUUCCAGGAGCCUGAGUCCAAUGAGGCCACCCCAAAACCCUCACAGCCCGAGGCCAGUACCUUUCCCAAGAAGCCCCCGCAGCCCGAGUUCAGUGUGCAGCCCAGAAAGCCCCUGCAGCCUCAGGUUGGCAGCCUCCCGAAGAAGUCCCUGCCACAGCCCGAGUCGGGCGAGGCCCCUCAGACAGUGCCCUGGAAGCCCAAGUCCUGCGACCCCCUGCCUCGCUCCUCGCAGCCAGACCUCAGCGCCCUUCCCAAGAAGCCCGCGCAGCCUGAGGUCGGUACCUUUCCCAAGAAGCCCCCGCAGCCCGAGUUCGGUGUGCAGCCCAGAAAGCCCCCGCAGCCUCAGGUCAGAGGCCUCCCGAAGAAGUCCCUGCUGCAGCCCGAGUCGGGCGAGGCCCCUCAGACGGCCACCUGGAAGCCUGAGUCCAGUGAGCCCCCAACUCACUCAUCGCCACCUGACUGCAGUGCAUAUUCCAGAAAGGUUCUCCCGCCUCAGGUGAGUGACCUCCCCAGGAAGCCCCUGCUGCUGGAGUUUGGUGAUGUCACCACAUCCUCGGAGCCCGAAGUCAACGUGUUUCCCAAGAGGCCGCAGCGGUUGGACCUCAAAGCACUCUCCCCGAAGCCCCUGCAGCCAGAGCUGGGCGGCUUGCCCAGGACAUCCUCGGAGCCCGAGUUCGGCCUGCUCCCUAGGAAGUUUGCGCAGCCCCAGUGCCGGGGGCCUCCCCGCAAGUUCUCACAGCCCGAGCCCAGUCUUCUGCCGAAGAAGCGCGCGCACACCGAGUUCCUGGGCGAUCUCCCCAGGAAGCCCCCGCUCCCUGGCUCCGUGUCGGAGAGCUCCCUGCCCACCGCCGUCGCGGGCUCCGGCCCCAGGUUUCCGAUCAGCCCGGGCUUUGGGGCCAGGCCACAGAGGUCAGGAGUGCUCUCUCACCGUGAAGGGUCCAGGCUGGGCCUCAAGCCCGGCCGCCCGCCACAGCGGAGGCCCCUGCCGCCAGCCGUCAGCCUGGGACCCCCUCCGGCCAAGCCCCCACUGCCCCCAGGCCUCUGGGAUAUCCAGAGCUUCCGGGGAGACUCGGCUGGAGCCACAGCUCUGCGGAGGACCCGCUCUUCUACUGGGAUCCACUUCCAGGCCCGACAGCCCGCAGACACCCCGCUAGACCCGGAAGAGUUCUACGAGCUGUACGAUGACGUGGAGUCCACGGAUGGCUCCAGCCCGCGGGGCAGAGGCCACCGGGGCCCUGACUCGGUGUCCGGCCUGCCCCCAGGAGUGCCAUCUACCCAGCAACCGCCCAGGCUGCCCCAAGACCCAGAGCUCAGGAAGGAGAAGGCGCCCCAGCCGCAGCCGUUGCCGCCCGCGGACCCCAAGGCCCUGAAGCAGAUCCGCAAGGCGGAGAAGGCAGAGAGAGAGUUCCGUAAGAAGUUCAAGUUUGAGGGCGACAUCGUGACUCUGACCAGGAUGAUGAUCGACCCCAACGCCAAGACGCGCCGUGGGGGCGGCAAGCACCUGGGGAUCCGGCGCGGGGAGAUCCUGGAGGUGAUCGAGUUCACCAACAAGGAGGAGAUGCUGUGCCGCGACGCCAAGGGCAAGUACGGCUACGUGCCCAGAACCGCUCUCCUGCCUCUGGAAACGGAGGUGUAUGACGACGUGGACUUCUGGGACCCUCUGGAGAACCAACCAUUCCCCAGGGGGCAGUAAGGCCACAGGUGUGGGGACCCAGGACAACUCGACGGCCCAGCCACCUAACCGAGGAAUCCCGGCUCCCAGCUCCCAGCUUAAGUGGUCACAGAACCACCCAGGCCCACACCCGACCACGUACACAGACUACAUAAAGCCCCUUAUUAAGGCGAUUCCUGCUUCUCGUCUUUUUUCCCCGACUGGCACGCAGUGGAGUAGUGAUCGAACACUGGGGGGCCUGAGGGGAGGUGUUGUGGGGUCGACCCCCCCCUCCAGCCUCACCCCUUAGGGAUAAAGGCCAGGAGGAGAAACGGUGGUGGGAAGGUACGCGAGAGCUGGUACCUUACUAGACUUCAAAGUGGAAGUCUCUGUGGUUGGCGAACUGCCUGAGUGUGUGGGGAACCAGCAGUGACCUCCACACCCAGACAGGACACGCAGCAGUUGCCACUCCUCACAGGCUGCAAACAGCUGUCCAGUCCAGGCAGAUGUGGGUAUGAAGUCACACUGUGGGAGUAGCAACCCAGCUGACAGCCCACCAAGCCUAAGGGUCAAGUUCAGCCCACAUCACAGGACUAAGUGCACAGUAAUACGCAGCCUCCUCAGUCUGUCUUAGCAAAGACCAGCUGCCCUGGAUGGAUGUGUCUCCCCUGACCACCACGGUUCUAUGCUGAGACCUAAUGCCCAAGGUGCUGGUGUGCAGGGGAUGCUCAGGUCAGGGAUGGAGUUAGUGUCCCCGUAAAGGGGGCCCGAGCAGGUGCCUGCCUCUUCUCACACGAACUUACGAUGAGAAGGCCUCUAUGAACCAGAAUGGGGCCCUUGGCAGACCUGGCAUCUGUCAGCACCGUCACGAUGGACUGCCAGCCUCCAGAACCAUGACAUGAGAAGUGCAUGUCCUCAUUUAAGGCCCCCCAGCUUACAGUAUUCCAGCAACCAGAGCACACUAAGACAAAACCCGAAGCGCAUGUGUGCCUGGUGCAGGGCCUGUGCCCCAGCAGGACACAGGACAGCCGAGUGCUCAUUACUGGUUGGGAAAUGCCCAUCUGCAUAGGGUCAGUUUCGAGUCUCCCAAACAUGGCUGGGGCCACCCGU